GUUAGAAGUUGACCCCCCGCGAACAAGAGCUCGGGCGCCAACAUGGCCGACUUGCCUGAUGGUGUCAGUGAACUAGAAGUUGAGGUAGAAACUAUGGUUGAACCUCAACAAGAAGUGCAGAUUGAGACCAUGCCCAUGAUAGCCCUUCAACCACUAAGCGAGCCUGAGAGAGAAGAGAUCGUCGUGCAAACUACAGAAGAAGUGAUCGAAGAGUCAAAGUCGUUGAUUCAACACGAAGUUGCUGUUUCAACAACACCGCCAGUCAAACAGCGCAAAAGUCGAGCAGGAAAAAACAAAGGACUUGGAAGAUCGGGUAAAGGACUAGCUGGUUCAGGCUCGUCUGGUUCAGCAAAUGCAUCGAAUUCUGAUAAAGGGGGUGGUAAUGGCGAUGCUGAACGCACAGGUACGCGCAAAUGGGAACAAAAGCAAGUUCAAAUAAAGACGCUUGAAGGCGAAUUUGCCGUGAGGAUGUGGGCGUCGGAAGAGAAAAGAGCCGAGCUAGAAGAGCUUGAGCGAAAUUCAGACUUCAGCGAGUACAUGACAGGCAAAAAGCUUCCAUCUGGAGGUAUUCCUGGCAUCGAUUUGAGUGAUCCGAAGCAGUUAGCGGAGUUUGCAAGGAUGAAACCUAAAAAGAUCAAAGAAGAAGAUGGAGGAGGAAGAUCAAUUGCUUGUCCACAUAAGGGAUGCACAAARAUGUUUCGAGAUAACUCAGCAAUGCGAAAACAUCUACAUACACAUGGCCCAAGAGUUCAUGUUUGUGCAGAAUGUGGAAAGGCUUUCGUAGAAAGUUCAAAGUUAAAAAGACAUCAACUUGUACAUACUGGAGAAAAACCAUUUCAGUGUACAUUUGAAGGAUGUGGUAAAAGAUUCUCACUCGACUUCAACUUGCGGACUCAUGUUCGUAUACAUACUGGAGAUCGUCCCUAUGUUUGUCCGUUCGACUCCUGUAACAAGCGAUUUGCACAAUCUACUAACCUUAAGUCACAUAUUCUUACCCAUGCCAAAGGAGGAAAGUCUUGAUUUAAAGGACAUUGUUGCUUAUAUCUGUGGAUUUUGCCAUAAUCUCAUAUCUUGAGUAUGACUUUAGAAAAUGAGAUAUAGACUAAGACAAGACCAGGAUAUUCAGUAUUACCAAAGCAUUGUCUAAGAGGGACAAGAUCUUUUCUUAGACUAAAAGAGACAAAAAGUGUAAAUAAUUGUAGAAAAGGAUGUCAGACCAAAUGGUAAAAACUGAGUUGACAGUGGUCUCUUGCAGUUCCUGAUGUGAUGAUAUGGUUACUAGUUUCUCAUUAGUAGAAACGUAUUAGUCACAUUUCCAGACUAACCUAAGUUACAAUUGGCAAGGUGGAGCAUCAUUUUAGCCUAUUUGUAACCAUUAUUUAAAUUUUAUGAAGCCUGUAACAUUUCUGACCCCUUUGUCUARGUGUAAUGAAUUUAGCCUUGCUUCUAAGAUGCAUCAAUAAAGGGUUAGUCUGUACAGUCAAAGAUUUGUAAUAAUACAUUUAUUCCCUUGUCAAAAUUUAAAUUGUCAGGGAAAUGGGUCUGCAAAGGAAUUUUGUUAGGAGUCAUGUGGUAGCAAAAGCAUUACUGUACAUUUUGUCUAGUUGAGAUUAUGAAAUGCCAUUUUUUUGCUUCCUCUUUCCAUGAAGCAUUCAGUAGUUACUGCUCCAUGUGGAUAUUUAUUGCAUUAUUGACUUCUAUGACUUUGAUUGACUGUUUUAUUUGUUAUUUGCAAUGUACUCUGCUCCAUCUUGCCAUGUAAUGUGCAUGAGUUUACAGCUAUUCUUUCAUUCAUGGUUCCAAGGACAAAUACAGAAGGGUUUCACUGCUGUUUAGAAAAAAAUUAAGCAUGAUACUUGCAUGUAUUUUGUUGUUUAAGUUUAAUUGUUUAAGAAACUAAAUAUGUAUUGUACUCUUUGUUACUCACUCGAUUUGGGAACUUCCUGAAUUUGUCCAUGGUUACCAUAGGCAAAGAGAUCAAAAAUCCACCUAAAAACCUUACACAAACAUUCAAACAUAUCCUACAAGUAACUUAUACUGAGAUAGAUAUUUGGUCCAAGGUAGAUAUUUCUUUUUAAAAAGAAAUAAAAGAAAGGUAGUCUUA